AUGUAUGCUGUAUCUCGUAUAGCCAGAAAGGCUUCCUGUAGUGUCGUCCCCCACACCUCGUCCUUUAGUCGCUCGAUAACACCCUUCGCAACAACCAACGCCAAUAUAUUUGGACGAGUUAGGUCGAAUACCAUAAGUGACGUAUCCCAUCUACGAACGUUUCAGCACAUCUCAAGCACCGCUGGAACGUCAUGGAGCUCUACUAUGACUCGCUACCUCCUGCCGUAUAAGUUUCGUGCGCUGCUCAUGCACCAUAGUCAGCUACAUGCCAGGGCAUCUGAUUUAUUAGUCGCAUUGAAGAAGAAUGCUCCAAUAGACGACGCAGUCCUCGAAGCCUACGAACACUUAUCGGCCGAUGCUACUGCACUAGGCACCGAAGAAACCAUAGCAAAUCCUAGCUGGGGACUUGACCUUAUAGAAGAGGAGAAAGCACGGUCAUGGAUUAUCGGCGAGGUAGAAUAUAUUAUUAGGUCACUCGAUACCUUAUCACAACGUAUUAUUUCCGCUGGAUGGAAGGAACGUGUUGAUGGCAUGACGUGGCUCAAGAAUUCUUCGACAAAUCUCACUGCUGCUGAACCUGCUUCCAAAGGAACUGCCAUUAAAGACGCCAUAAAAGCAUGGGAAGACAAGACCGGCCAAGUAGCAGCCGAGGCACAAACAGUCAAAAUGCUGGCACUGCAACCCUUCAUUGUCAAAAUGGAUGCAUCUCUCGCCGCUCUCGUCAAAGUCGAAUAUCUAGGCCUAUCAACCAACAAUAUCGAGAAAAUAAGUAAUCUGCAGGGCCUAUCACACCUAAAGAUCCUAUCCCUCGGCCGCAACAUGAUCAAGAAAAUCGAAGGACUGGACGCCGUCGCAGAUACGUUAGAAGAGCUAUGGAUUUCGUACAACAACUUGGAAAAACUCAAUGGUGUUGAGUGUUGUCGUAAACUCAAGGUCUUGUAUGCUGCGAAUAACAAGAUUAAGGCUUGGGAGGGGAUUUCAUGCAUUAAAGAUCUACCACAACUAGAAGAAUUGCUGCUUGUGGGCAACCCACUAGAAGAAAAGUGUACAGCUGAUGGUAACUGGGUGACUGAGGUUGCCAAAAAGUUCCCGCAGAUCAAAAAGUUGGAUGGAAAGACGAUUAUUCGUGAUGAACCUGAAGACAGUGGGUCUGGAGAUGUUAAGGCCUAA